UCCACGCUCUCUCUCUCUCGUUCGAAACCUGAAAACAGAAAAACGAAACAAAUUUAAAAGUAUUUUCAGAGUAAUGGGAGACUGUACUAAGAACACUCAACGAAUUUCUGGUACUGCAGAAGAAGAGAUGAAAGAAGAAGAAAAGACUUCAAACACAAGCAUGCUUUCUAAGAGAACAAAAUUUACUUCACAACAGUUGGACGAUUCGGUGAACAACGACAACGAACCAUCAGCCAACAAUGCGCCUAAAAAAGAUCACGUUUCUGUGAAAACGGUGACAUCCUCUCCUUUCCUCUCCGCUCCUCGAUCCUCUAGCAAUAACUCGCUUCAAGUCGUCAAGGAUUCCUUGAGUUUCGCAGAUCUGGAGUUGGGACUGAGGAGUCAUCAUAAUAAAUUUCGCGUUUAUUUAAGGGAGGUUACCAGCUUUGAAACGGAUGUCGAUACAAACAACAAAAAUUUCAGGUUUUCUGUCAGGAAGGCGAGUCCGUUGAGAGAGAUUUGCGUAGGCUCACUGCAAGCCUCAAUGGAUUCACAACCGAAUAGGCCGCAAGUGUCUCCCCGUAGAAUUGCACAGGCAGAGGCUGUUUCAGCGGCUAGGAUGCCGUCACUGGUGGAGAUCGAUGAGUUUUUCGCUGCAAGUGAGAAGGCUGAGCAGAAACGAUUUGCAGAGAAGUACAACUAUGACAUCGUGAAGGAUGUGCCGCUUGAAGGUCGCUACCAGUGGAUUCAACUGAAGCAAUGAAAUGGAAAAGAGAGAGGAAGAGACGGAAGGACAAAAAGGCUAAAGUCACAGUGGGUGGUACAGAAUUUAUACAAGUCGGGUGAUUUGUUAAUGGUUACACUGUACAGCUUUCCCUAUCUAAAUAUAUAUAAGAAGCUAGCUCAAUUCUGCUCACUCAGUCUGGUUUUCAGCACCAAAUACUAAUCAGAAGAGAGAAGCUUCUUAUUCUACAAACAUAUAAAAAUUAAAAUUUCUCAUA